GUUUCCAAUGAAGGCACCAAUGGAGAAGACGUCACCACAGUGACCAGUAAUUCGACGCAAACUCCAAGCGAUCUCAGUCCGCCGAACAUGGCCGGUGACGAUAUGCUGCCACAGGCUCACCAUCAAAAUCCUGGCCAUUGCAUAGCGUCGUUCUCGGCCAUAAACCGCAUGCGACAAAACACACAGCUAUGUGACGUAACGCUAGAGGUUGGAGGUGAAACCAUAAAUGCACAUAAGGUCAUACUGGCUUCGGUUUCCCCAUAUUUCUAUGCGAUGUUCAACGACGACAUGCUGGAACGAAAUCGUGAUGUAGUUACUCUGCACGACAUCGAUCCAUCGUCAUUGAAGCAAUUAAUCGACUAUGCAUAUAGUGGCGAAAUCACCAUCACCGAGGAAAAUGUGCAGGUUUUAUUGCCAGCAUCUAGUCUGCUACAGGUUCAAUCCGUUAGGGAAGCAUGUUGCAAGUUCCUGCUUCGUCAGCUGCACCCAUCCAACUGUCUGGGGAUCCGAAGUUUUGCCGAUGCCCACUCGUGCAAGGAACUCCACUCACGUUCUCAUCGUUAUGCUCUACAAAACUUUCAACAAGUUGUCGGCACCGAGGAAUUUUUAUUGCUAGGAUUUUGUGAGGUCCAGGAUCUCAUUUCGAACAGCCAGCUGAACAUAUGCUCGGAGGAGAAGGUUUUCAUGGCGGUGCUGAACUGGGUAAAACAUGAGCUGAACGAGCGCAAGAAGCACAUCUCGGAGCUUAUGUCUCACGUGCGCUUACCGCUAGUGAAUCGUGAAUUCCUGAUGAGCUGUGUUGAAACUGAGCCCCUGGUUCGGGAGGAUCCUCACUGCAAGGAACUGCUGCUGGAAGCUAUGAAAUACCACCUGCUGCCGGAGCAACGCAGCUCGCUGGUAAGCCAGCGGACACUGGAGCGCCGCCCCGAAGGUAUGCGGCAGUACCUUUUCGCUGUUGGUGGGGGCAGCCUGUUUGCCAUUCAUAAUGAAUGCGAGUGCUAUAAUCCGAAGACGAAUGCUUGGAUGACGAUUUCUCCAAUGAUCUCGAGAAGAUCAAGGGCAGGAGUUACAGCUCUGCGGAAGUUAUUGUAUGUCGUUGGCGGAUAUGAUGGCGAAAAUGAUUUAGCUUCGGCUGAAUGCUACAAUCCGCUUACGAACGAAUGGAGUAAUAUAACACCAAUGGGUACGAAGCGUUCAUGUUUGGGGACAUGUGCUUUUGAUGGAUUACUGUACGUGUGCGGGGGAUAUGAUGGAGCAUCCUGCCUUGCGAGUGUGGAAAGAUAUGAUCCGCUAACCGCGGUUUGGACUUCAUGUCCAGCUAUGAACACGAGACGAAGAUACUGCCGAGUUGCCGUGAUGGAUAACUGCAUCUACGCCCUAGGUGGCUUCGAUUCAAGUAACUAUCAAUCGUCGGUGGAACGAUUCGAUCCUAGAGUUGGCAGUUGGUCAGCUGUUCCGAGCAUGACCUCUAGGAGAAGCAGUUGUGGAGUGGCAGCCCUAGAUGGCUAUUUAUACUGCAUUGGUGGAAGUGACGGGACGAUGUGCAUGCAAACGGGAGAAAGAUUUAACUUAAGAGCGAACAGUUGGGAACCGAUAAGCCAAAUGCAUUCCAGAAGAUCAACUCACGAAGUUGUUGAAGCGAAUGGAUACCUCUACGCCCUGGGUGGAAAUGAUGGUUCUUCUUCACUCAACUCUGUCGAACGUUACGAACCGAAGCUCAAUAAAUGGACAAUCGUAACGUCGAUGUUGACUAGGCGCAGUUCCAUUGGCGCCUCGGUUUUGGAAUGUUUCAAUUUAGAGCGUGGUUUGUUACAAACCAGUAUAUGA